AUGUUGGUCAUAAAUGUCGAAAAACCUUUCUGGACGGCGGUGGCGGCGGUGUUCGCGUUGGCCGUCACGCACGUUAUGCCGGCGGAAAACGCGAGAAUAUUGGCGGUGAUGACGAUACCAGGCAAGAGCCACUGGAACUUUAUGAGUGCCGUGCUGCGGGCUCUGACGGACCGCGGACACAGCGUUACCGUGUUCACGGUGUUUCCAGACGGGAACCGCGAAAACUAUACGGAAGUGGACACUUCGACAAAAGUGUCGAAAAUCGUCGGCAUGGACCUGGCAGAAAUGCAACGGCUGUACGGCGACCCGCUGUACACGGUUCCGACAAGGAUGAAAACAUACCGAACGUUCUGUGACGGUAUUUACGACGACCGCCGGGUGACCGGUCUGUUGGCCGACGGCCUGGACGUCAAUUUCGACGCGGUCGUUAUCGAACACGGCCCGCCGUCCUGUUUGACGUACUUGACGGCCGGAACGAGACUUCCCGUCUUGAGCGCAGUGCCUUAUGCGAAGAAGUUAUUCGCGGAAUCCGGGAUGGUCGGCGACGUGCCGAACCCGGCGGCCGUGUCGUCCAUGUUCUUCCCGCACGCCGUGCCGAAAACGUUCGCGCAACGGUUCUCCAACGCCGUGCUGUCGUUUUACAUCGAAGUGUCCGCCGCGCUGUUCGAUUCACCGGUCUUUCUCGACCGGCGAAAACCGUACAACGCGUACGUCGCUACACCCCCGUCAAUAGUGUUUACCAACGGUCAUUACAUUAGCGACGCGGCCAGGCCGAUUCCGCCGAGCAUCGUCAACGUGGGCGGCAUCCAUUUGAAACCGCCGGAGAAAAUACCAAAAGUAUCGUUUGUAUCUAUUAAACCGUUUCUACACGCGUAGCGGUGUAUCUAAAAAAAUAAGAAACAAUACGCACGAGCGGAAGAAUUCCGUGACUAGAGUCGAAUUUCCCUCAUCGAACGAUUCGGUGCCUUGGCGAUAUUUAAACUUUGUUUUCUAUUUAAUGUCCUUAUGAGGAAUUGAUAUGAUAAAGAUUUCGUCGCAGUAAAUUAUUUAUUAUUAUUAUUUUUUUUUUACUAAAAUGCACGACUCUUAAUGCAUUUCAUGGACAUCUAGAGUUUUAUAAUAGUGCAUAUGAUGACUGAGAAACUUGCAGAAUAUAGACGAUACCUACGAAGUAAUCAAUCUAUCGUAAGUCAUUCGUUAUCUCGGGAAGAUUUAACCUUUCCCCGUCAAUCCAUUGACGGGAUAUUCCACUUUUGAAUUAGGGUCGUGGGAGAGUAGUAGAACAAAAAUUGUUGUGGUAGCACGGUUUAAUAUGUCUUAAAUUUUCUAUAAAACAAAUUUAGAACGAAUUGGAAACAGUCGUAAUAAUGAGUGUUUUACGAUAGAUUCAUCACUCUGUAAAUCCAUAUUAGCUAUAGAUAUGAAAUUUUUAAUCAGAUUAUAUUUGUUUUCUCAGAAUCUUAAAAAUUGGACACGUGCCAUUUCUGAACUUAGAAAUUGAUUUGCUUUGUGAAACGAUUAAUAGUUGCAAACAAAACAACAUUGUGACAGGAGUUCAGUUAAAGGUUAGGUUUCUUAUAUAGAAAUUAAUUCCGUAGAAUUUAAAGCUGUACACGAAGUCAACACGUAACACCAUUACAGAGAUUCAUGACGGUGAAUUUUUCAGACGAUUCCAACAAAAAGCCAUACAAAUACUGCAGGAAUUCGGCAAAUUCCAAUGUUGGUUCGGGAUUAAGAUUUAUUUAAGUUCCAAGAUAUUUUGGAAAUUUCAUUAUUUUUUUCGAGAAUUCGUAAAUAAAUUUUAUUGAAAUUUUGACAAAUCGUAAGAACGUUUCUACCCCUUGGAUACCCCAUAGAUAACGGAAAGUAGAAUAGAUGAAAAUUAUUGUCGUUACAGUGGUUGCUGAAAUGUAAACAAUAUAAACAUCAAAUUUCACAACAAUGGUGAAAUUUAGAAAAACAUCAUUGAUUUUUUAAUGUUGUUUUUAUCGGACGUACAUAUUUUCGUUUGCAGGAUAUGCUGGAAUUCAUAGAGGGAUCUGGGCGCGGGGCCAUUUUGUUUACGUUCGGUUCAACUGUUUUAAUGUCAUCUAUGCCAGAUCGUAUUAAAACAUUAUUUAUACAAGCACUGGCUCAACUCCCGCAGAGGGUUUUGUUGAAAUACGAAGGCAAAUUGAAAAAUAAACCCGACAACGUGAUGAUCAGAAAAUGGUUUCCUCAACGGGAUAUACUUGGUGAGGUUCAAAAUUACAAUAAUUCGGAUAGGUUGAUUGUUCACGUAGGCAAUAGCCAAACCGGAUAAACAUGCGGUUUUUUAUUUUCAUCAAUUCAAGUGCAUCCGAAAAUCAAGCUAUUCGUCAGUCACGGUGGGAUAUCCGGAGUGUACGAAGCGGUGGAUGCCGCCGUUCCCGUUUUAGGAUUUCCGUUGUUUAGUGACCAGCAUAAGAAUAUAGAAAACUUGGUCGAAGCGGGCAUGGCGAUUUCUAUGGAAUUGUCGUCCGUUAGUGAGGAUGCGUUUUUAAUAAACGUCGUGGAACUCGUCAACAACAACAAGUAAAUCGGUCGUUUGCGCCAUUUAAACUUCGAUGUGUACCAUGAUACGUUUCGUUUUAGGUACAAGAAAAACGCCGAGAUCGCUUCGAGUAUAUUCAAAGACCGUCCGAUGUCACCGCAACAGUCGGUCGUGUACUGGACCGAGUACGCGAUUCGUCACAAAGGGGCGCCGCAUUUGAAAUCGCACGCGCUCAAUUUGACGUGGUACCAAUACUUCUUGUUGGACGUGAUUGCAGUCGCGUUACUUUCAAUUUCGAUCGUAACGUACGUAAUUUAUAGAGUAUUCAAAUUUUUGUAUCAGUAUACGUGUAAGCGUUAUUACUGCGUUGUUAAAGUAAACCGUUCAGGUAGGUUAAAAAUUACUAACCGAUAA